AUGUCAUCAGCUGUGGCAGACCUGGUGGCUGAGCUGAAGUGUGCCAUCUGCCUGAGCAUCUAUAGGCAGCCCGUCCAGCUGGGCUGUGGGCAUAACCUUUGCGGCUGCUGCCUGGAGCGUUUGCGGGGGGCGGGGGACAGCUAUUCCUGCCCCGAGUGCCGGGCCGUCUUCCCUUGUCACCUGGCUCCGCAGAGGAAUCUCAAGCUGGCUAACAUUGUAGAAUGCUUCUUUGCUUCCAGGAAGUCCACGCAGUCCACAGAUAUCCAGCACGAAUGCUUGCUUUCGGAAAACGUUAGCGAUGCCAAAUCAGAAGAGGAGGUCCCACUUACAUUCUCGGGGUGUGCAGAACACAAGGAACCCUGGGAAUAUUUCUGCUGCCAGGAUAAGAUCUGCCUCUGUCGGUCGUGCUGGGAAAGGCACCGUGGGCACAGUUGGCAGCCACUGGAUAAGGCGGCAGCAGAGAGGAGGGCUACGCUGCUAGCGGAAGCUGGGAGGCUGGAUCAGGCCCAGGCUCUGCUGCAGGACACAGUGGACUGGCUCCAGAAUGCACAGGCCCAGCUGAGAGCGGACCGGGCCAGGCUGAGGGAGCAGGUAUCAGGACUUUUCACCAGCAUCCGGGAAAUACUCACAGCCGAGGAACAUGGAAUUCUCGACUCCAUUGAGGCCGAAGAGAGAAUGGAGGAUUCCCGGCUGGAGGACCGUGUGGGAGAGAUGAGCAGAAAAAGGGACGUUUCCCAGCGGCAUCUCGCUGAGGCACGAGCGCUGGCCCGAGUGGAGCUGCCGCACUGGGAGUUCAUCACCUUGUAUCACGAGACCUUGGACAGGCUGCAGAAAGCCGACGUCCACGUGCGGAGCAUCACCGUGCAGAAGCGAGAACUGGACAGGCCUUCCGUCAGCCACGUGGGAAAGGAGACCCAGCUUCUGGUGAAGAGGAUUGGCAAGAUGAUCCGAGACAAGACCGGCCAAAGCCAGGAGCUGCUGCUGAAGUGGAGCCCCUCAACCAGAACGCCUGCCCCAAGACAGAGGUCACAGGCUAUCCCGACUCCCACAGAAGUAAACAUGUCCAGACUGACCCUGGAUCUGAACACCGCCCACUGCAACCUGAGCCUGUCUAGCGAUCUCCGCUCUGCGGAGUGGGUGGAGCAGAGGCGGUCGUGCCCUCCCCACCCUGAGCGAUUCAGGCUGCACCCACAGGUCCUCUGCUCCCAGGGCUUUACCUCCGGGCAGCACUCCUGGGAGGUGACCCUGACGGGGACACGGCGCUGGGAGGUGGGGGCCACUUGUAAAGGGCCCGGUCCAUCCUGGGUAGACUCCUGCAUCGCCUGGGCUCUGCGCUGGGAUGGCCGGAGGCUGCAGGCCUUUGAGGGCAACACACGUCACUCCAGCCCCCUGCUGCACUCCAUGCAGCAGGCCCCGGGGAGGAUCAGGGUUUGCCUGGACUGUGAGGGAAACAUGCUCUCGUUCUUCGCCAUCACUGAUGGAUCUGCCCCUGGGAAGUAUGUUAGGAAUCUGCUGCAUACCUUCCACAUUAAAGCCGAAGGUCCCGUCUUCCCAGGAUUCUACCUGGAACAGUCCAAGGUGAACAUUGUGUAG